CUCUCUGGAAAGACUGCCCCACGCCCCCACCCCCUUUUCCUAAAACGAGAAGGAAUGUACAAAGGGAAGGGGACCCUGGAGCAGCUGUAAACGCAGGUUUGCUUUAAUGAAGCGCUGCGCUCGGAGCAUCCGUUCGGCUUAAAGCGCAUGUAACGCCUGAAAAACGCCGAGAUCUUACAGUUUAAUUUUGGAUUUGACUAUUUAGCUGUGAAGUCAACGCAACAGGAGAAUACUGAAACAACAGCUUUACUUAUUCAUUUUAUUUUAAAAAUUAGUAAACAACAAAGAACAGUAACACCGGCAUGCGCGUAAUGUAAACUUUCUUCCUCUAUAUUUCGUUAAUGUGUUAAUGAGCCGAAAUCUGUGCAUGAAGUCUUGCUUCAUUUUCUCGUGUGUUAUCUCUGGCGUGAUCGGAGUUAUGCGAAGCUUCCAGCGCAAAGGCAUUUGAACCUGGGCCAGCAUAAUUUACCAACUUUCUGACGACCGUGGAGAAGGGAUCUCAGAGAGCUCAAGAAAAUGCGUGUUUCUGGCACCCGGCUUUUAUCAGAUCGGAGACAUGUAAUUACACAGAAGCUAUGCUUGGUGUUUUUCCUCAAGAUACUUGCUCCAGCUUUGUGUCAGGCUUGCCCGGACCCAUGCCAGUGUAACGAGACAGCUGUACGGUGCGAAAAUCUAGGCUUAUUCGCCCUCCCGCAAGCAUUUCCGAGUGACGUCAAGUACAUUUUCGUAACUGGGAACAACAUCACCGAUCUUACCAACGAGUCCUUUCCAGUCAUCCUGGAGCAGUUGACCAAACUGCUCCUCCCCGGGAAUAAUAUCCAGCAGAUUGGUCGAGAAGCGUUUGGUAACUUGCCAAACAUUAACUUCCUGGAUCUGAGCAACAACACACUUAGAAUUUUCAACACGGACGUUUUAUUCUCAAAGAAACUGAUACCGCAUCCUAGCUCAAAUAGGUCUGUUUACAGUAGCCCUCAAAUUGAUGGAAGUAACACAUGGCAAGUAGUAGCCGUUCAGGUGUCUACUCUGAAUCUUUCCAACAACAAUCUGUUUUUUCUGGAUAUGACACUCCUCAGCCUGGCCAGUCUCCGUCUGCUGGACCUGAGGUCCAACGCUCUGAGAGUGCUCCACAACAGCACACUGACAGCCUUCAGCCAGCCCCCUGACCUCCAGGUCCUCUUGGCCGGUAACCCCUGGCUCUGUGACUGCAACAUCGAGGACUUUCUCUCUUGGCUCAGGGAGUCCGACAGGGUGCCUGAUAAGUUUAACCUGUCCUGCUUGUCCCCUAUGGAGCUGCAGGACGUCACCUUGCUGCAGAUCAACCGAUCAGAGCUGCAGUGUGUUUUCUCCAGCGGUAUGAAGGGCGUACUGGAGACAUCCUACGUGUUCCUGGGUGUGGUGCUGGCCUUCAUCGGCCUGAUCUUCUUGCUGGUCCUCUACCUCAACAGGAAGGGGAUCAAACGUUGGCUUUAUAACAUCCGAGACGCAUGCAGGGACCACAUGGAGGGAUAUCACUACCGCUUCGAGGCCAGCCCUGAUCCCCGGUUGGCCCAGCUCGGCAUGAACUCAGAAGCAUGAAGGUGCAGGUGGUCAGGGUCUGGUCCUAGAUAUGCAUGCCACCCUCCAGGCCCACCUCUUCCCCCCAAAUUCGGUGUUUUGUCAUAUCGACUGAUGUACUAUAUUUGUGUUGUGCAGUGUUGCAUGGAUUGAACAGGACAGGUGUGGAUCCUGUAAAGUGCUGAGCCCCAAGACUCCCUCAGCAUUAUACAGUAUGUUGCUCAUGGGACUGACUUUUAUAUGUUUAUUUGUAUAUGUAGCCUGAUUAUUAGUUAGGGUAACUGCUGCACCCAUUGUUCUUGAAGAUGUCCUGGACCAGCAAUUCCUUUGUCAGACGUGAGCGUGACAUCCACGUGCUCGUCUUACCCUUGCGGGAUUUUAAUGUGGUGUACCUUGUUGUACAACGAAGUCUUUUUCCAGCUCUUUCCUCCUGAAGAUGUUCUAUUGAAUAAAAUGUCCUUCACAGCA